AAGAGGUGUUGUGAUUUUUAUGACAGACACUUAUAGAACAGCCUGUGAUUGGCUGCCAUGUAGUGCUGAGUGAGUUGUUUUGCAUUAGUGAAAAUAGUCCGGCCAGAUAUCUGUUAGCCCAGGACAGAAUAGAGGCUGGUCUUGGCCAAUGUUUGAACUAACAGUCAGCUGAUUGUCCCAGCUCCUGUAUAUAUUGAGGACGUUUUGGGCAGACUGUCUGCAGCAAAGAGGACAUUAAAGGCUGUGAAGAUGCGUGGGAUCUUUGCUAGUUGUGCACUCUCAGCCCUGUUGCUGGCUGCAGCCUGGGCAGACCACCACCACCACCCCCCCGGCUCUGAGCACAGCCAUGAGGGAGAGCUGAGCUGCCACAAACUGUCCUCUCCCAAUGCUGACUUUGCCUUUGCCCUCUACAAACACCUGAGUACCAACGCUGCUGCCGGAAAAAAUGUAUUCUUCUCGCCGCUGGGCAUCUCCACCGCCCUGUCCAUGCUGUCUACAGGGGCCAGUGGUGAGACCCACCGCCAGCUGUUCUCCAGCUUGGGCUACAGUGCUCACACCCAGGCACAGGUCAAUGAAGCGUACGAGCAUCUCUUCCACAUGAUGGGACACAGCCAGGAGAGCCAGAUACUGGAUGUUGGUAACGGCGUGGCCGUGCGCUCCGGCUUCAGUCCUCUGGAGAAGUUCCUGAAGGACGUCAAGCACUACUACUCUGCUGAUGUCUUCAACGUCGACUUCACCAAACCCGCCGAGGCUGCGGCUCAGAUCAACACCUUCAUUGCCAGUAAAACCCAGGACAAGAUCAAAGAGAUGGUGAAGGACCUGGACGCUGAGAUGGCCAUGGUGCUGAUCAACUAUGUCUACUUCAGAGGACAAUGGGAGAAACCCUUCGAUGGGAACCAGACGCACAAGGCGGACUUCAAUGUGGACGAAACCACCAAGGUCCAGGUGGACAUGAUGAAGAGGAAUGGCCGCUACCAAUUCUACCAGGACGCCGACAACCACACUACAGUCGUCAUGCUGCCCUACAAGGGCAACACCUCCAUGAUGAUCGUUCUGCCCGAUGAAGGCAAGAUGAAGGAGGUGGAGGGCUACAUCAACAAGGACUAUAUCAAGCACUGGCAUGACUCGCUCUUCAGGAGCUCUGUGGAUCUGUUCCUGCCAAAGUUUUCCAUCUCUGCUGAAGCCGCCCUGGACAGCCCACUCAAAGAAAUGGGCAUAACCGACGCUUUUGCAAACAACGCUGAUUUCUCUGGCAUGUCUGACGAGAUCAAGCUCAAAGUCUCAAAGGUGUCCCACCAGGCCGUGCUGAGCGUGGAUGAAACGGGAACAGAGGCAGCAGCCGUCACCACCAUCGAGGUCAUGCCCAUGAGCAUGCCUGAAACGAUAAAACUCGACAGACCCUUCAUGGUCUUCAUCCUGGAGCACUCGACCAGAAGCAUCGUCUUCAUGGGAAAGAUCAGCAACCCCGCAGCCGAGUAAAGAUGCUAGGGAAAAGAUGAGUUGUUACUUUUUCACACUUUAGUUGGUUUUUGUAGCCAAAGGACGUCAGCUCCUUUUUUACCUCAGCAUUUGCAAGCCCUGUCAUGUCAGUUUGAUGAAUAAGAUGACAGGAUCUAUCAUGGAGUAACAAAUGUCAGUCCAUUAAUCUGCUUUGCUGUCAACAUGACACAUUUUAUACUAUUUGCCAUCUGAACCUGGCUUGGUGUAUAAAUAUCAAAAUACAUAAUUGUUUAUUGUAUCCAGCUGACUGUAUGUAAUACAGAAAAC